AUGAUUGCCGCUACCCGUGGGUGGUUUCGGCGCAACAGAACACCCCUUACUGUUGGAGUUGGAGUUAUAGGAGCGGGCUAUGUAGUCACUCAAUAUGUGUUGGGGAAGAUCUCUGCUGCACGAGAACGCAUGAGCAGUGAUCGCAUUGCUCGAGAGAAUCUCCGCCGGCGAUUUGAACAGAACCAGGAAGAUUGCACCUUCACAGUGCUUGCCCUCCUCCCAACAGCUACGGACAAUAUACUUCAGGAACUACAAACAGAGCGAAUAACCUUCGAGUUACAACAACAGAAAGCUGCAAAAUUGGCGCGUGAUGGAGAGCCUCAUCCCUCAGAGUUGGGCUCUGGCCCACCAAGUGUGACGGACGAUGAUGGCAGGAGUAUGGCAAGUCUGCAAAGUGAGAGUGGAGUACACGCCAGCCAGAUGGGCAUUCCAUCUGCAACAUCAGCGGGAGACGGUCCCCAAGAUGGAGGCCAACAAGCACAAAGAUUACGAAGGACCAAGGUGCAAUUAUGGAAUGACCUUAAGAUUAGUUCAAUUACUCGAUCUUUCACAUUGAUCUAUACGCUUGCGUUACUGACACUCCUUACCCGGAUACAGCUAAAUCUUCUUGGCCGUCGAAGUUACCUGUCCAGCGUGGUGUCACUUGCAACAGGCGGAAUGGAGCAAUCUACAAUCACCUUAGAGAAUCACGAUGACGAUAAUCCGGACCAGGCAUACGGCAAUGACUUUGAAACUAAUAGACAAUACCUCACUUUCAGCUGGUGGCUACUACACAGGGGGUGGCGACAGGUCAUGUUAAAGGUUGAAGCAGCCGUGAAAGAAGUAUUUGGCAGUUUGAGUAUCAGGGAUGAGAUUUCCAUGCAUAAAUUCUCCGACUUGACUCUCCAAGUACGAAUGAAAGUCGAAGGAGCCACUGAUGCAGAAAGGAAAGCGGGUAGAUGGUUGGAAUUUCUGCUCCCACCAAAAGACCAAGAGGACUUUGUGCUGAAAGAGUCUGGAAUGACAACCGAGUCAUCCUCGACAGCAGCAUCUGGAAACACACCUCUUCGACGCCUCUUGGACGAAACAUCAGACCUCAUCGACUCCCCACCAUUCUCUCACGUUUUAACCCUGCUCCUUGACGCCGGGUUUUCAACACUUGUGGAACGCAAAGUCUCGGAGCAAGCUUUCAAGAUUCCACCCACAUCUGAUGUACCAGACCUCAAUGCUCCUCGGAUUACAGAAAUUGUGGAUGUCAAACCAGUCAGGUUACCAGCUGUGCUCGCCAUCUUAAGCAGGCAAGCUCAUUCGAUUGGUAACGGUGUACCAAAUGAGUACCUCCAAUCGAUGGAGCAAGUUAGGGAUCUAGAAGCCUUCGCAGCAGUUGUCUACUCGAGCAAUUGGGAGAGUGAAAUCAGCCCAAUGAACGAAGAAAGCAGUGCACUCUUCACGCAAGAGGAUGGACCUGCCGGCCCAGAGAUCGUCGCAGCAGAUUCAGGGUCUAAUGCGGGCACUGGACAAGAGAGCAUCGUGGACGUGGGGGCAGCAAGUGCGUUUGAAAGUGCCUGGGGUAAAGCUGUGGAUCACGGUGCAGAGCCUGUCUCUUCUUGA